GGAGUCACUAGGUGAGGUCCAAAGUCUGCAACUUAAAGGGAAAACUUUUUGAUGCAUACCACGUUGGAAAGCUCUUCAACUUGGGUGGGCGGAGAUUACGGCGGAGUUGGUGGUGCCACUGGCAGUUUCUGGCGAUGUGAGAACCCCUCGGAAUGGAAAAAGACUAAUCUACCGUUCUUCAGAUCUCUACAUUCUUGAGCUUUCUCUCAUCAAAUAUUAUAGGAGUAAUUUUUUGCAACUCAUUUCUCAGGGUUUUUUUUCCUUCUUCUUUCUCUUCCCCCCUAUUUCAGACCCAUUUUUGGUUUUUGUUGGUGUGUUUCUUUCUGUUUGAAGUUUGGAGUUUUCAUUCCAGAUUUAACGUUUUCAUCUUUUUUUGGCCUUUUUCUCCUCCUCUUUUUUUUUUUUUUUUUUUUUUUUUUUUUUUUUUUUUUUUUUUUUUUGUUGUCUUUUUUCUCAUUUCAUGUUAAGGAUCUGAAGCCCAUUUUUUGUAUUUCUGUUUUGUAUUAAUUUGCCUUUGUGGUGUAUUAAUGUUGCUCAAUUUUUGAACUGGGAACAGUUUAAUUUCUAAUAAGUUUUGAUUUUGAUUUUGAUUUUGAUUUUCCUAUUCUUGAGCUGUGGUAGAAAUUGUGCAAAUAUCUAUUUGCCUUUGUGGAGACAGGAAUAUGAUGGUUGAACCGGGCCAAAGUAAUUCUCAUUUUCACUGUUCUAAAUGUUGAAGGGGAGCCUUGGCGUAACUGGUAAAGUUGCUGCCAUGUGACCAGGAGGUCACGGGUUCGAGCCGAGAAAAUGGCCUCUUGCAAAAAUGCAGGGAAAGGCUUGUUAAUGUGAUAAAUAGAGAUGUCGUUCAAGAGCAUUGUCCGUGAGCUGAGAGAGAUGAAAGAUGGGAUAGGGAGUAUAUCAAGGAGGGGAAUGGAAGGAAGGCGUUGGCGAAACAGAACCCGAUCACAUAUAGCACCUGAAGUGUCACAUUUUGAUCCUGAUCAACAAGGCCAAUGGGCAAAUUUACCAUCAGAAUUGCUAUUGGAUAUUAUCCGCAGGGUUGAAGAGAGUGAGACGUCGUGGCCUGCUCGGACCGUUGUAGUCUUUUGUGCUUCUGUUUGUAAGUCAUGGAGGGAAGUUACUAAAGAAAUUGUCAAGACUCCCGAGGAAUGUGGUAGGCUUACCUUUCCCAUUUCACUGAAGCAGCCGGGUCCCCGUGAAUCCCCAAUUCAUUGCUUUAUAAAGCGGGACAGAGCUAAUUCAGUUUAUCGCCUCUACUUCGGUUUGACUCCAUCUGAAGAUGAAAGCGAUAAGCUAUUGCUGGCUGCCAAAAGGACCAGAAGGGCAACAAGCACAGAAUUUGUAAUUUCAUUGGUUGGGGACGAUUUUUCUCGAGCUAGCAGUACAUAUGUUGGAAAACUGAGAUCUAACUUUCUUGGGACCAAGUUCAUCGUAUAUGAUAGCCAACCUCCAAGUGAUGCAGCGAUUCAACAUUGCGGUCAACUUAGUCGACGAUUCAGUGUGAAGCAAGUUUCUCCGACAGUACCUGCGUGCAACUACAGUGUCGCCACCAUUAACUAUGAACUCAAUGUUCUCCGAACAAGAGGACCUAGGAGAAUGCAUUGCGCCAUGCAUUCUAUCCCUUUCUCCUCUAUACAAAAGGGAGGCAGCGCUUCAACACCUAAAUCAUUCCCACAAUCUUUUGACGAGAAGUCAUUUCCCCCACCAGUCUCAAAAUCAAAGGAGCCAAUUGUAGAUAUCAGCUUGCCUGGCUUUUCAAGCUCAACGAUGUCACUGCUUUCUCGAGAGCCACUCGUGCUAAAAAACAAGGCCCCUAGAUGGCAUGAACAAUUGCAGUGCUGGUGCCUAAAUUUUAAAGGUCGCGUUACAGUGGCGUCUGUGAAAAACUUUCAGCUAGCGACAGCAGUUGAUCCUUCUCAGAAUAUACCAGUUGCAGUACAAGAAACAGUAAUAUUGCAAUUUGGCAAAAUCGGAAAAGAUAUCUUCACCAUGGAUUACUGCUACCCGCUAUCUGCCUUCCAAGCUUUCGCAAUCUGCUUGAGCAGCUUUGACACGAAACCAGCAUGCGAAUGAUUUCGUGCAGAAUGUAAUUCAUGAUAAUUUUUGUCUCUUGGUUUCUGGAUAAUGUUCUGAAUUGAUGUUUAUAUUUCUCUGAGAAGUUGCCAAUGCGCCGCAAUAUUUAUGAAUGAGAAUAUCAAUAUAUACAUGCAGUAUAUAUCUAA